AUCGAGGAGAUGCAGUGGGGCCGCGGCGUGCGCUCGGUGCCGCCCUCGGUGUGCAGCCUGCCCUGCAAGCCAGGGGAGAGGAAGAAGAUGGUGAAGGGGAUGCCUUGCUGCUGGCACUGCGAGCUCUGCGACGGCUACCAGUACCAGGCGGACGAGGUGACUUGCCUGCUCUGCUCCUACAACGAGCGCCCCAACGAGAACCGCACGGGCUGUCGCUCCAUCCCCAUCAUCAAGCUGGAGUGGCACUCCCCCUGGGCUGUCAUCCCAGUCUUCUUGGCCAUGCUGGGGAUCAUCGCCACCAUCUUCGUCAUGGCAACCUUCAUCAGGUACAACGACACCCCCAUCGUCAGGGCCUCGGGGAGGGAGCUCAGCUACGUCCUGCUCACCGGGAUCUUCCUCUGCUACAUCAUCACCUUCCUGAUGAUCGCCAAGCCCGACGUGGCCGUGUGCUCCUUCCGCAGGAUCUUCCUGGGGCUGGGGAUGUGCAUCAGCUACGCAGCUCUGCUGACCAAAACCAACCGCAUCUAUCGCAUCUUCGAGCAGGGCAAAAAGUCAGUGACUGCGCCCAGGCUGAUCAGCCCCACGUCACAGCUGGCCAUCACCUCCAGCUUGAUAUCAGUGCAGCUCCUGGGGGUCUUUAUUUGGUUUGCAGUUGACCCACCCAACAUCAUCAUAGAUUAUGAUGAGCAGAAAACUAUGAACCCCGACCAAGCCAGAGGAGUGCUCAAAUGUGACAUUACGGAUCUACAAAUCAUUUGUUCCUUGGGGUAUAGCAUUCUGCUGAUGGUGACGUGUACUGUGUAUGCCAUCAAGACUCGGGGGGUCCCAGAGAAUUUUAAUGAAGCCAAACCCAUUGGAUUCACUAUGUACACUACAUGUAUAGUAUGGCUUGCCUUCAUUCCAAUAUUUUUUGGCACUGCCCAGUCAGCCGAAAAG